AUGGCCACGGGAUCGGGCAAGUCGGCACUCUUCACAGCUCCCCUCUUCUGGCUGCGGCCCGCGUCGGUGGUGGUGGUGGUGGUGCCGUUUGUUGCGCUCAUCAAGGAUCUCAUCCGCCAAAGCAGAGACGUUGGCAUUGUGGCCAGCAAGUGGGCAGGCUACCAGUGCUCUGACAAGGUGGAGGGCAGUGCUCUUGUCUUUGUUGCAGCAGAGAACUGCUACUCGGAGCCGUUUGGGCUGUGGAUCUAG